AUGAGUGCUAACGAGGACCAGGAGAUGGAACUAGAGGCAUUGCGUUCUAUUUAUGAAGGAGAUGAAAGUUUCCGGGAAUUAAGUCCAGUUUCAUUUCAAUAUAGGAUAGGUGAAAAUGGUGAUCCCAAAGCCUUCUUAAUAGAGGUUUCCUGGACAGAAACAUAUCCCCAAACACCUCCAAUUAUAUCUAUGAAUGCUUUUUUUAACAACACCAUAUCAUCAGCUGUAAAGCAGAGUAUAUUAGCCAAGUUACAGGAAGCAGUUGAAGCUAAUCUUGGAACUGCUAUGACUUAUACAUUAUUUGAAUAUGCCAAGGACAAUAAAGAACAAUUCAUGGAGAAUCACCAUCCCAUUAAUUCUACGACAUCCAUAAGCAAUAGCAUCUCAGUUGAAACUCCUAAUACAGCCCCAUCAAGUAAGAAAAAAGACAAAAAAGAACAACUUUCAAAAGCCCAGAAACGUAAACUGGCAGAUAAAACAGAUCACAAAGGGGAACUUCCUCGAGGAUGGAACUGGGUUGACGUGGUUAAGCAUUUAAGCAAAACUGGUUCUAAAGAUGAUGAAUAACGCUUGGAAUUUGACACGAGAACAUCCUUUUAAAAAGCAAACAGGUCAAAAUCUUUCACUACUCUUUUCUGGUAUUGAGGUGGCUUUUUAUAAAACAAUUUUUUAUAUGUGUCUUGUAUUAAAAAUGUUUUAAGCUAAAAGUUCAUGAAGAGAUCUGGCUGUAUUAAAUUAUCUUCACAAACUUGCCUUAAAAGGUGAAAAUGC